AUGGGCGCGUUCGCCCCACCUUCCUUCGGUGCUGCUGCUCCUGCCGCGUCGGUCGCGAUCGCAGUCGGUGCGGCUGUCGCACCCGCGUCGGUUGGUGUCGCUGCUGUUUUCGCAUCGGGCGCGCUGACGGCCGACGUUGCAGCUGCUGUUGCACCGGGCGCGGUUGCGGCCGGUGCGGCUGGUUUGCCGCCAAUGACUCCACAAGCAGCAAUCUGCUGCCGAGUGGAGGAGGCCGUCAGCGUGCUGGUGUUACUGCUUGCUGUGUACCUGGCCUUCGCCUUGAUGGGGUACAGGAUACCUCCCGUGCUAAGGCGGUGUAUAGCAACUUCACAACGUUCGGCUUUGGCUGCGCUGGACGCCUCAGCCGCUCGAUUGCUCAGUGCACUCCUCGCCAAAUUGGCAGGAUUCGACGGCUGGGAGCAGGGAGGCGGCGCUGACAAGAAAUCGGCAGCGGAGCGGCGUCCUGGGACCGCCCUGCGCAGGUGGCAACCCUCCUUGCAGCAGCGGGCGACGGCAAGCCGGCCUCCCCGACUGCAGGCGGUGCCGCCGGUGAGGGCAGCUGCGACGGCUGCGGUGCCGGGGCGGCCUCCCCUGCGAGCGGCUCUGGCCUCUCGGAGGGGGCGGCCGACCUCCCCUUAG